CUAGAGAAGAGAAAUAACGUCACUGCUCUCUGCCCCUCACUUUCCAUUAGGUUAACUUGGUAUCCUUGCUGUGCUUUAGAUUGUUGUGUUUCUGCUUAUGUUACCGUCUUUGUGAAGGCCGCUCUAAGCCGUUCCCUUAAUAAUAAACUACUGGAUACAACAUGGCAUUCUCCACACGCCGUUGCGGGUGCCCGCAUAGCACAGUCGGGGCCCCACAAAAAGCAAGCGUACGCAGCCACAGCAUGCACGCAGCGUCGCCUGCGCCGAUAACAGCGCCAUGGAGGAUUUCUAGCACAUCGGGACUAAACUUGUCGCCUCGCAACGGCGUUCCUGUAUUUGCCGGACAGUCUGGGUCAUCAGCAUCAUCACAACCCUGCGAACGCCGACGCGACAGCGCCGCGGCCGCCGAGAACGUCUCUGGGAUUCAUGGUGUGGUCGCGGAUGUCCCCACAGCGCCGCGCCGCACGGUGCUGCUCGGCGUUGUGUCCGCGCUGGCGCUGUUGGGGACGUCGGGCGGUGUUGCGCACGCAGAGGCCGACCCCCCGCCAGCGGUGGCCUUCCCGGUCGCGCCCGUUACGCCCACGCCUCAGCCCAACGACCCCACCAUCUUCCAGUAUGAGUUCCAGUCCGACGUGCCCAGCAACCUGCGCGUGAAGGAGUACUGGGCCAUCAUCACGUCCCAGCGGCCCAAGACGUGGCAGUCCAUCGCACAGCAGAUCGCGACGGGCUCCUACGACACGCUCGCGCUCAGCCUGGAUGCCGCCAGCAUGGCUGACAUACGGCAGGCCACGCUGUAUCUGCCGUGGGGGCUGAUGCAGAACAGCGAGUACGGCGCGGCGGUGGAAUCGUUCAAAGCCUUCAAGACCUUCAACGACCACGUCAAGGACCUUCAGCGCGCUGCCUCCCUGGCGUCCGCGGUGGGCACGCCGCAGCAGGCGCAGCAGGUGCAGCAGGCGUUCAUCCUCAUGUCGGCCUCGCUGGACGCGCUGCUGUCCACGGUGCCGGCCAAAUACUACACGACGACGGUGUUCAAGGGGCCGGUGGAGGAGGAGCAGCAGAAACAGCAGGCGGCGCAGGCGGCCGCACAGGCAGCGGCGCAGGCGGCGCAGAUUGCGGCGGCGCAGGCGGCUCAGGCGGCUCAGGCGGCUCAGGCGGCUCAGGCGGCUCAGGCGGCUCAGACGGCUCAGACGGCGGCGCAGGCGGUUGCUGUGGCGCAGUGAGGCGGGGGGUACUUAAGCUGUUUUUUUGGCGUGCAGUACCGGCGUAAGGCCGUGUAGUAGGGCGCCAGCAGCACAUCAGUCCUUCAUAGUUGCGAAGAUGAAAGCAAGUCUUGCUAUGUCAUAGGGAGAGUACUGAUGUCUGAUGGGGAAAGAGCCGCUUGUACUAUGGCGCUGGUCAUUAAUGGAGCUGGUUGGCGCUUUGUCCUGUGAGACUGCUGCGGUGAAAAAAUAGUAUAAUGGCGGUUCUAGGACAGCUCCGACUCACCCCCAACUAACUCGUGUACGGCACCCCAACCCCCCUCAGUCGUACAGGAGGUAGCGUGGCAGUCGGCAGCUGCGCGAGUGUAAGCAGGUAGUUGUACGGCGGCCCAGCUCGGAAACUACCUGACUGUGGUGACGCACACGGGCAGUUGGUGCUAGUCGGCAGGCGCGCGAGUGGGAGUGCGUAGUUGGACAGCGAGGCGUGUGGGAAGCUGCAACAGAGUACGGCGGGGCUUGGCGGAGGCUGGCGGUUGGCGCGGCGCGCGAGUGGGAGUGCAUAGUCGUGCGCGCGCCGUUUGGGAAGUUGCGUGUGUAAGCUGCGUAUGAACUCAGAGAGGGGCAUGGGGCUGACCCGGUUUCCGUACGCCGCCUCUGGGCGCAACACGGUCUCACACGCUUGACAGUUGGGCUGCAGCGCGGGUGGGACUCACUGGAGUGCACGACAGGCGCUGGGGCCACGCGCGGGCGGGGCGCAGGGGUGGCUCGGGGUAGCUAGGGCAAAAUUCAGGUAAACCUGGGGCGGAACUCGCCCACGACUGGAUUGAAACCGAGAAGUGGCCA